AUUUAACUUUCUUGUUUAUUUGAAAUAUAUAUUACAAUAUAAAAGUAUUGAGAAGAAUAGUAUUAUGAAGUAUUUUAUUGUAUUCAUUUUUGUAUCAACUUGUAUCAAACUUUGAUCACGGUAAUCAGUUCAUUAUACAAUCAUAAUCUAUAUACAUAUGUAUAUAUACCGUUAUAAGUAUACGUAUAUGUUUUUACGAAAAAGAAUAUCUUUUCUAUAAUUCUUUUUAAACUGUAAUGUGAAAUAAAUUAAAAUAAGACAAUGUUAUACGUUUUAUGUCAUUUUCAUCGCAUGUCAACUAAUCAUAAAGUUUUAACGAGAUCUAAAGUAUUUCGUUCUAACCUUUUAUUAUUUACACGUUGCAAAUCAGAUAAUAAUAUGAUUGUUAGUAUUGGCCAAGUUUCAAAAACAGUGAAAGCACCACAAAAGCCUGAGUAUGUGCCUAGAAAAUACUUGUUAAAUCUGUCUAUUCAAAAUGAGGAUACAUCUACAUUAAGGCAUUUAAAAUGGAUGCUUCAAAAGGAUGUUUUAUCUCAAGAUAUUUUUUUAAUUGGAGGUCCAGGGACUAGACGUAGAAAAUUAGCUCUUGCUUUUCUCGAAUUCACAGACCGUGAAGUAGAAUUUAUAGCACUUUCAAGGGAUACAACAGAAGCAGAUCUAAAACAGCGGAGAGAAAUAAGAAGUGGCACUGCUUAUUAUCAUGAUCAAAGUGCUGUAAGGGCUGCAACAAAUGGAAGGAUUCUGAUUAUUGAAGGUGUAGAGAAAGCUGAAAGAAAUGUUCUUCCUGUUCUGAAUAAUUUAUUGGAAAACCGUGAAAUGCAUUUAGAGGAUGGGAGAUUUCUUGUCCCUGCAACACGUUAUGAUAAGUUACUCAAGACAUACAGCCAGGAGGAAUUGGAUAAUUGGAGACUAGUUAGAGUUAGCGAAGACUUUAGAGUUAUUGCACUGGGUAUGCCAGCACCAAGAUAUCCUGGCCAUCCGCUUGAUCCUCCUCUUAGAUCUAGGUUUCAAGCCAGACAUAUUCCACCUCCAAGUUUUGAAGAGCAAUUGAACACAUUAAAAAAUCUAGUUACGCACGCUGACAUUGUGAAAUUAAAGCAACUAUUAUCGUGCUCGCACGCUUUCGUUACACAAGAGGCUGUGUCCUUAGGUCUUCCGGAUUUUCCUCUCGAUAAUUUGACAUCGGUUGCUAUUAUACUGGAUAAGUGUCCAUACCUGUCGGUGUACGAUAUAUUUUACAGAUGUUAUCCGUAUAAGCUAUUUUUGGCUAAGGAGGGUCAAUCGGCCGUCGAAAGCAUCCUCGAAACUUUUAAUAUACCGAAACCAACGAUGCACGACGGUAUGAUUUCAAAAUAUGUAAAUGUAGAUAGGAAAAAUGAAGAAGACAAUUCAGUGAAUGUCAGUAUAAAGCAUCCUUCUGGAGAAAUAGGGUUGAACGUUCCUUGCGGCACGAAAAAGAUUAAUGAAAGAGCACAAGAAAGUAAAUACGUAGAAACGAGUUAUCAGAAUAAUUUAUUGAUAAGUUUGUUGGAAUCGCAUGUUGUUUCUGAUAUUUGUUUGAUCGGUCCAAAGGGAUGUGGGAAAUCAAUAACUGUACAAACGUUAGCUAAUUUAUUGGGGUACGAAGUCGAGCCUGUCGUAUUAUAUCAGGAUAUGACAUCUAGAGACUUGAUACAACAACGGACAACAUUGUCCAAUGGUGAUACGGUUUGGAAAAAUUCUCCGCUAGUCGAUGCAGCUUUGCAUGGAAAAUUGGCUAUACUGGAUGGAAUUAACAGAAUCGAUCCUAGCACUCUAGCUAUUGUACAUAGAUUGGUUCACGAUCGAGAGUUACAGCUGCACGACGGUAAAAGACUCAUCAGAGCAGAUCGUUACGACGAGAUAAAGGAGAAGUACAAUAAAUCCGACGCAGAACUGCAAGAAUCAGGUGUGCUGCGUAUUCAUCCAUCGUUUCGAAUUAUAGCUUUAGCAGAAUCACCGAUGCUUAACACGUCUUCGAGGCAAUGGUUGAAUUCAGAGCUGCUCAGUUUGUUCCUUUUUCACGAGAUGAGACCGCUCACCAAGUCAGAGGAGCUCCAUAUCGUUCGAUCAAAGUACGGGGAACCUUCCACGGCGUUAUUAAACAUUCUGGAAUUGGCACACGUACUGCGAUCCUCCAGCGAUCCAACUUUACAGUCCUUAGCUAGCUUUCUCAGUACGAGACAGCUUCUGAGGAUAGCAGAAAGGAUGCACAAGUUCCAAACUGACGAUGCUUAUAGCGCAGUGCAACGCUCUUGUCUGGCUCGUUUCUUACCAACGAUAGCGAAACAAGCACUGGACGAUUGCUGCAAUAGCGUAGAUAUCGUUGCAACGAAAAAUACGGUAGACCAGAACAUCAAGUGUCAAAUUAAUGGGAAUACCGUAAAAAUUGGUAAUACGGUUACCGAACGAUACAACACGACAGCUUUGACAAAAGUACCUGAUGUUUUAUUUUACGAUGUGCCGCAACACGUUGCGCUAUUGGAGAAUCUACUGCAAGACUUUAGUUUGGGACAGAAUCUGUUGCUAGUUGGAAACCAGGGUGUCGGCAAAAAUAAAAUCGUCGAUCGAUUGUUACAACUUCUAAAUAGGCCGCGUGAAUAUAUACAACUACACAGGGACACUACUGUUCAAACUUUGACUCUUCAACCAAUGGUUAGGGAUGGAAAAGUUGUGUACGAAGACUCGCCACUCGUGCAAGCUGUUAAAUUGGGACACGUGCUCGUCGUUGAUGAAGCAGACAAAGCUCCAACCCAUGUUACGUGUAUUUUAAAGACUUUAGUCGAAUCUGGUGAAAUGAUAUUAUCAGACGGAAGACGCAUAGUAUCUUCUCUAAGUUCCGAUGAAGAAAAUUCGAAUAAAAUACUGCUUCAUCCAGAUUUUAAAAUGAUAAUAUUAGCAAACAGACCCGGUUUUCCAUUCUUGGGAAAUGAUUUCUUUGGGGCACUGGGUGAUCUAUUCAGUACGCAUACGGUCGAUAAUCCAAGCGUUGAAAAUGAAAUUCAACUUUUGAAACGUUACGGUCCGAAUGUAGACGAACAAAUAAUAUUUAAAUUGGUAAAAGCUUUUGGAAAAUUGCGAAAUAUGGCUGAUCAAGGAUUAGUUUCUUAUCCAUAUUCGACUCGGGAAGUUGUUAAUAUUGUAAAGCAUUUAGAGAAAUUCCCACAAGAACCGUUAUCUAAGGUGGUGCGAAAUGUAUUCGAUUUCGAUCGAUAUAGCGAGGAAACUUUUGAUACUUUAGUAUCUGUAUUACACGAACAUGGGAUUCCCAUUGGAACAAGUUCUACUAAUAUUUCGUUAGCGAAAGAAAUAUCUUUGCCGGAAAGCAAAAUUAGUGCUACCUGGAAUUUUUCUAAUAAGCAGGACGUGCUACGCGUGCAGGAAAAAUAUAUUAAGUUAAAACCACCGAUAAGUUUAAGUCAAAAGAUUUUAUCUUUAGAUCGCGUUGAAGCCAGAUCAGCUUUAUUUACUGAAUUACAAAGUUAUUGGACCAUUCCAAUUAGUGACACCGCCGUAGUCGCAGGUCUGUCAGUUAUUAAAGGUACAAAAGCCGAUGGAAAGGAUGACGUAAUUAAUGUCCUUGCUACGAAUCCAUUAAAGAUCUAUAGCAUGACUCAAGAAUCAGAUAAAGUUCAGGAAACUACGUUACAUGGAUUAAUAAAUUCUGAAAGAAGCAAUAGACUUCGAUUCACAAUGGCAAGUGAUAAAAAUCAAAACGUUUUAGUCUACGAAGAAACAAGCAAUGUUCUUUUAAUAGUGAAUUUAGGCGAAGGAUUCGUUCAGAAGGUAGAAAUAUUAUCUUUCUUCGAUAUGGCAUCGGAUAAAAUAUCAAAUGCCUUGAGAAAUACAAGUUUUCACCGAAAAAUGAAGACGGAUUUGAUAAAAUCCCAUAAUCAAAUCGUUUUCUAUGUCUAUAAUUCUAACAAGAUAGAAGUGGUCGAUUUAAAUCGCAUGUGUUUCUAUAUAGUGAAUUUACCGUUUGAAAUAGAAUCAGUUUUACUUCCAUCAGAAAAAAGGUGGUUGAUUCAAGGUAGAAAUCAAAACAAAUAUAUUCUCAAGAAAUCUGUAGAAUCGUCACCGUGUCCAAAUGUUUUACAACAAGUAGAAGAAUCUAGUAAAAAUAAUUUUGAAAAUGAUUUAUUUCUCAGUUGCACUGACAGCAACUUGAACAGCAAUCUACUUAGUGCAGCACUGAAACAGAAAAUAGAUUCUCCAAAUAGAUUGCUAGUAUCUAACAAUAACUAUGCCACUAUUGCUGUUGGAUUUCCUGAUCUAGAUAGUUUUAACGAACUACAUACUUGGCCAAGACCAAAACAGAGCAGAAGCUCCGCGCCCCCUGUUUUUAUGGAUAAUGGGCAAAUUAUUAGAACGGUUACAGCUCGUGAAGUUCCUAAUGAUAUUCUUCCAAACACUGGAGCAAAUUUAGGGGUCGUUGCUUAUAUAGAAAUUGUUGAUAUCGUAAAUCAGAAGCUACGAUAUAUACCUGUACCAGAACUAUCCACCGUAUCGCAUAUGACUCAAUUUUUGUAUCCAAACAAGCAGAACUUGUAUAUUGCUCUUAAAUCAAAUCAGGAUCUUGUAACGGUAGAUGCAGGUGGUUGCGUUCGCCUUUGGGAGACGUCACUAGCGAAUAUUGAAAAAUCACUUGGAGCUUGGAGAAGAAUGUUGGAAGACGGUAAUGAAAAUUUGCAAAUGACGAAAGAAAGGUAUUCUGGCUUGGAUGUUAGUGGCCCAAAACAUGGUAAAAUCGAUGACAAAAACGAACCGCACGUUGGAGGCAAUACAUGGGCAGGAGGAACCGGAGGAAGGGACACAGCUGGUCUUGGUGGAAAAGGUGGACCUUAUCGCUUAGAUGCUGGCCAUACGGUGCAUCAACUUAGCGACGAAGAAAAGAACGCGGUACCAGAACAUAUUAAAAAGGCAGCGAGAGAAAUGGGUCUUAAAGCCUUUCAGCAACGACUAAGAGAAAUUAAUAUGAGCGAAUAUGAUCAUAAUCUUUAUUCCCAAUUCAGUGACGCUGUCCAGAAGCAAGUUAAAGCGUUAAGAACUAUAAUAGAUAGUCUACAGGCAAAAAGUAAAGAACGUCAAUGGUGCAGGCACCAAACUUCCGGUGAGCUAGACGAUACUAAAUUAAUCGAAGGAUUAACAGGGGAAAGAACAAUUUACCGAAGAAGGGCGGAGAAAGAACCCGAGCUCGGCACUCCUCCGACAAAACCGAAGCGUUUAAAAUUAGUAGUGGACGUUUCUGGUAGCAUGUAUAGGUUUAAUGGUUAUGAUGGACGUCUUGAUAGAGAAAUGGAAGCUUGUGUUAUGGUAAUGGAGGCGUUUAGUGGGUACGAAGGGAAGUUUCAGUACGAUAUCGUUGGCCAUUCCGGUGAUGACUAUAAUAUUGUUUUUGUAAAGCAUACUCAACCGCCGGCUAAUAAUAAGCGUAGAUUGGAAGUAAUAAAGACGAUGCAUGCACACUCACAAUUUUGCAUGUCUGGCGAUAAUACUUUAGAGGCGACUCAACAUGCGAUCGCGAAUCUAGCGAAAGAAGACGCCGAUGAAUGUAUCGUUGUUGUACUGUCGGACGCCAAUUUUGAACGUUAUGGUAUUCGUCCCGAGCUAUUUACAAAAAUUCUUACAUCGAAUGCAGAUGUUAAUGCAUUUGCUAUAUUUAUUGGUUCUUUAGGCGAUCAAGCUUUUUAUUUAACCAAGAAGAUAGCCUCGGGACGUGCGUUUGUCUGUAUGGAUCUCAAGGAUAUACCUCGAAUCUUGCAACAAAUAUUUGCUGCUUCUUUGUUAAGUACUACAAGAUCCGGUUGAUGUAUCGCUGAUGUAAUAUACUUUGUUAUCAAUCUUUAAAUAAAUAUUUAUAAGGAUACAAAUCGUUAAUAGCUAAGAAAUGUAUUGUAAUAUAUACGUAUUUGGUAUUAUUAUUAAUUUUUUACAUAUACAUAUGUAAUAGAAUUAUUUUUAUCAAAAUAAUUUAUUUUUACAUUAAAAUUAGUACUAAUAAUUAGCACUAAUUAAUUAAUUCUACCAUAUUUUGUAUUAUUUUUCUUAUUAUAAUUACUUUAAAAUAUUUACUAAUUUAAAACAUGCAAUACUUUUGCAAAUAUUGGUAUCAUUCUAUUCAUUGCAUUUGACUAUCUAGUAACAAUAGAACAUCGAAUCUUACCGAAAUUAACCGAAAACACUCGAAAUAUUCAAAAACGUAUCUUUACAUUUUCAUUCAAUUUGCCCAUAAAUACAAUUAAUAUAAAUCUAUUUAUCCCA